AUGUCUCUCUUGAACUUUUCGGUCUCAAGCUUUUCGGACAGAUUAAAUGUCGACAGAAUCAGAAGCGACUUGGGCACAGUCCAAAGCACUAUCUCCAAGCUCAAGCCUCCUCAAGAGUUUUUUGAUUUCAGAAGGGUCUCCAAGCCUGCCAACUUUGGUGAAAUCCAGUCCAGAGUUGGUUUCAACUUGGGCUACUUUUCUGGUAACUACAUUGCCAUCGUCUUGAUCUUGAGUGUCUACGCCUUGGUGACCAACUUGUUGUUGCUAUUUGUCACUGCCUUUGUCAUUGGAGGUGUGUAUGGUAUCAGUAGAUUGAACGGUGAAGACUUAGUGAUUCCUUUUGGUAGAUACAACACUUCUCAAUUGUACACUGGUUUGUUGAUUGUCGCCAUUCCUCUCGGUUUCUUGGCCAGUCCUAUCUCCACAAUGAUGUGGUUGAUUGGUUCCAGUUCUGUCACCGUAUUGACCCAUGCUUCUCUCAUGGAAAAACCAAUCGAGACUGUGUUUGAAGAAGAAGUCUAA